GUCUGAGAGAAUACUUAGAGACGUUAUCAAGGAGCGCUUAAUAGAAUCUGUCGACCGACUUGACUGGCUGGGUUGAAUAACAUUAGAAAGUUGUUGUGAUCCAGGAACGUAAAGUACGCAGAAAACAACUGAUUUGUAAUUCAACAACUUUUAAAAAAGAAGAAUUUCCUAGUGGACUGGAUUACAUUUGGCUUGAAAUUGUAGAACGAUGGCUACUCACAAGCGGAUCCUGAGCGCCCUGGGGAACGGACAGGCCCGGAGAAACCUGUUCGGCCCGGUGGACCGAGAGCAGCUGCAGGCGGAAUACCAGGCUGCCCUGCGCAAGGACUUGGAAGAGGCUUCAAAACGCUGGGGCUUCGACUUCAUGUCAGACAAGCCUCUGGAGAGCAGUGAUUUCCAGUGGGAGGGCAUCCCAGGCAACAGGGUGCCACUGCUCUAUAGAUCCUGCAUGCUCGGUCUGGGUAAGGCUGAAGGCGAGAGGGCAGCAGAGAAGAUGGUUACUGCCAGAGGAGGAAGGGUGGAGCCACCACAGAGCGAGAAGGAGAACAUCCCUCAGACACCAGCGAAAUGCAAACUCAGCCUGGACAACCUGGAGAAAACACCAGACAGAGGCGAGAACACGGGACUGAAGAGGAAACAGACAAACCUUACAGAUUUCUAUCAGGCCAAAAGAAGAGUGGUUUGGAUGCCACGCAAAUCUGGCGAGUGAUAUCCGCUGGAGCUUUUACUGCAAAGGUGCCAACAUUCCAGGAGAACCACACUAACAGUGCUUCACUCAGGAAUCAAAUGUUCAGCACAGACUCUGCACAGCUACUCAGCAGGAGGUCGUGUUACCGGCGAAUCAUCUGAAAACAGAAGGGACCUCAUGUCAUUACUGUAAGGUUAAUUAGGGUACUCUAUUCGCUUUGAGGUGGGGGUGGGGGGUUGGUAUUUUUCCCAGUGGUAAGAAGGGGACGUUUGAGCAGAGAAGAUUAACAGUAAUCUCUGGAAUCAGUGGAUUUAUACUCAUUUGGAUCAAGGGGUUGCCAAAGUGUUAACGGACAUUUCCUACUGGGCAUUCCACAGUACCAAAAUCACAGUCAGGUUUCAGCUGGAGGAAAAGAUGGACGAUCACAGUAACUGUAUACACUUGAACCAGGUGCUAAGUUGGUUGAAAUCAUUUUUGUCUCAUGAGGAAAUUAAGGCGUGUCCAUGACAAAAGCUGCAGAGUGACUGAAAAUGGUAGAGAAUGGAUGAAGCGCCUUGGCUUGCCUUUGUUCAAAUCCACUAUUGUUUUUCUACAGUGUUGUUUGUUGUUUUUUUUUAAAAAUGUGUAUCACGAGGGCUAGGAGUCUUGUUUUUUAUACUCUCCAAAGUGUGUAAUACAUUGUAUAUCGAGCUGUACAAUCAUGCUUUAUCUACCAUCAUGUACUCAUAGGAAAAUGCUUGAAAAAAUCUGGUAUCCUGAACAUGCAGUUUGCUUAGCUUAGAUUGUUAAUGACAGAAGUGCCAUCAUGUUGUCUACCAUCCUUUCCAUCUACUGUAUGUCGACUGAUUUUCAAAGCAUGUCUCCACAGCCGCCCUGUCCAACACCAGAUAAUGUAGGUUAUGAGUGUAGCACCAUAACACUUAAACACUUAUAUUUAGAUAUAUAUAUAUAUGUAUCAGAGAUUUAUCUAUAGAGUUUAAUAUAGCAUUGUGAAGUAGCAUUAUCACAAAAAACAUUGCAGUAUUGCACAUAAAUCUGAUGGUGGUGUUUAUUGAACACCCAGUAUCAAGUGCCUUUCAGGCAUUUGUUUCGGUAUUUGAAGCUCCAUUAAGGACAAUCAGAAGAAAGUGUUCUCUGAAGCAAAUGUAUCAUUUAGUAGGCUAAAGUGACGUGCUUUAUUCCUCUCUAUUCGCAAGUACAGUGCAAUUUAACCGACAGUGUGUAACAAUCUGCCUCAAAACUAAUAGAAUGUUUGUUCUCGACACUUAUUUAUGGCCAUGUUGGCAAAUCCUGCUGCUAUGGGUAAUCUGAAUGGGUGUCAAACAAAGUCACUGUAACGCUAAUCUUGUUCGCCGCUGCAAAACACUAAAGCUAAGAAAAUAACAGAAUUACCCCAAAACAAUGAAUGCACUUCUGUUUAUAGAUGCUUGUGCACAGGUCCUACAUGUUGUUUUAUGUUAAAAGCUGCAAAUGAAAAGAUCUAUCCUUAUUUAUUGUGAGAUACUAUGCCUUGUGAUGUUUAAUUAUGAUGAGAACUCCAGAUUCAAAUAAAAUAUUCAAAUGAA